GAUAACACAAUAGCAACAUUUGAUCACCUCUCUCUCUCUUUACACACUACUGUUGAGAGUUCUCUUUUCUUCAAAAUCAAUCCUUCAGUGUUCAGUUCAAUAAGAUGCAGAGAGCUACUGUGAUUUUAAUGGCUACCUUGUUAGGAAGCCUCAUAGUGCUGUCCUCGGCCGGUAACUUCUACCAAGACGUGGACGUCACUUGGGGUGACGGCCGGGGAAAGAUACUUAACAAUGGGCAGCUUCUUACUCUAUCUCUCGACAAGUUUUCUGGCUCUGGUUUCCAGUCCAAGAAAGAGUAUCUGUUUGGGAAGAUCGACAUGAAACUCAAGCUCGUUCCCGGCAACUCAGCCGGAACCGUCACCACCUACUAUCUCUCAUCUCAAGGCUCAACUCAUGAUGAGAUAGACUUCGAGUUUCUUGGGAACCUGAGCGGAGACCCUUACAUCCUCCACACCAAUGUGUUCGCCCAAGGGAAGGGCAACAGAGAGCAACAAUUCUAUCUCUGGUUUGAUCCCACCAAGGAUUUCCACACCUACUCCAUCCUUUGGAAUCCUCGGCAAAUCAUUUUCUCGGUGGACGGCACACCUAUCCGAGUGUUCAGAAACAUGGAGUCUGCGGGCGUUGCUUUCCCCAACAAGCAACCCAUGAGGGUGUACGCCAGCCUAUGGAAUGCAGACGAUUGGGCGACGAGAGGUGGGCUUGUGAAGACUGAUUGGUCGCAAGCACCCUUCGUCGCCUCCUACGCCAACUUCAAUGCCAAUGCCUGUGUCUGGUCUUCAGGUGGUUCUUCAUCAUGUUCUGGUAAUUCUCCUUCAACUGCUUGGAUGAAUCAGGACUUGGAUGCCGCCGGCCAGAAGAGGCUGGCUUGGGUGCAGAAAAAUUACAUGAUCUACAACUACUGCACCGACGUGAAACGCUUCCCUCAAGGUCUUCCCCCUGAAUGCACGCGCCCCUGAUCUUGAUUUGUUUGUAUAUGUGUAUAGAGUAUAGAAUAUUAGAGAGAAUGUACGUAAGCCAUUGACCAAAACAAAAGGGAAUAAAGGAAUAAAAGAGCUUUCUUUAAUUUGUUGCUAUUUUUCUUG